AUGGAUUUUAUAUCCAACGAAGAAUUAAGUAACAUACUUGUUGAAUUUCUGGAUAAGUUUGGCUACAAGGAUGAGGAUCGUCUCUCUCAUAGCGAUCUCCAAGCUAUAUAUGAUUAUACAUUGCCAUUUCUACCCGACGAUGAAAAUAUAGUUCUGUCUCUCUCGGAAUACGUCCACUGUACAUUCCCUUUCCUUCCUCUCCAGAUUCGCAAGGCCGUUGCGGUGUACGACAGCUUCCAAAUGUCCGUUGACGAUGUUCCGGAGGAAGAGCACGACAGCCUUUACGAAUUAUGCAUUCGACUUUCCGAGAGACGCAAUGUGAAACAUCCCACCUGGAACGGGCUUUUCUCUUUCUUUCCAACUCUACUUCAAUUCUAUGGCCCCUAUGCUCAAACAACCAUUUUCCGGGGGGCUUUGGAGUUUAUCCAAGCUACCUGUGUUGAGAGAACACUUUUCAAAGGGUUCCCAGAUUCGAAUUACCCGAAUUACAUUCGGCGCAUGAGUGCUCAAGGUCCUGUUCAAGCGGCGAUAUGUUUUCCGGAGAGCGAAUUCCCCCAGGACCAAUACCUAUCGGCCAUCGUUUCACUAGAGGCCGAGCUAGAGUACUAUGUUGGAACUGUGAAUGACGUGUUUUCGUUCUACAAGGAGAGCGAUACGGCGCUUGAUCGUACAAACUUCCCUUUGAAUGAAGCGAUUUGUAGCGGGAAACCAUGUUCGGAGAUAUUAAGACAAUUGGUUGACGUCUCCAUUGCCUGCCGCAACAGAGUUCGGAAAAUGCUGGAAUCAAUUGGUGAUCGCAAGCUGUCGGAUCGAGCGGAGCAGUUUUUCAUUGGAUAUGUUCGAUACCACCUCGCUUGCUCAAGGUACAAAAUUGAUUCACUGUGUGCAGUAUCAAACAAUGCGAGACUUCGGGAGUUUUACGAUAUGAGCUUGCAGGCAGUCGGACAACCGACGAAAGUGGACCCUGAGGUAUGUGAAAGCCCGAUGAAAGGAUCUUAUGAUAUGAGGUCCGCAGAUCCAUGUGAUGAGAAAAAAGAAGGCAAGAGAGGCAUUGGGAUAGCUGCAAAGAUCUGCACAUGGAAACGAUUCACUUGGGAGAAGUUGAAGUUCCGCUCAAUUAUCUCAUAA